UUUCUUCUACUCGUACUCGGAUCGGUCGUGAAUGUUAUUGUUGCUCGUCGCGGGUGUAAAAUUGAAAAGCGACACUAUCUAGUGCGUCAUAAUUUUAUCCUGUUUCACGUCGGGCAGUAUCAUCGAGGAUACUUAUGGUUGUACGUUUAAUCGAUCCGCUGUAUAAUAUCACCGCGGUUUGCGCUAUUUAUGAUUUUAAAAGUUUCAGCUCGUGUUCGGUGUCUACGUCGGUUAUGGACUCAUCGGUCGGAUCUUCCAAUGUCGGAAUGUCCAAGCUUUCGUCGGUCACCGGGUUUGAAUCGACCUUUGGUACGUUGCCAAUGAAGGAUAUCGAAAAUGCUAUUGGAUCUGAAUGGAUAAUAUUGAUGUUCUCGCUGUGGCGUAUAUUCCUGACGGGUCUGUCGGAGCACAUCAGCGUAAUAUCUGCCCCAUUACUUGUGGGUCGUAUGUUGAAUGCCUGCCAAAAAUCGUAUCCGCAUAUAAGGUCUUUGGAGAUCUCUGGAAUUACGACUGUUGGUAUAACUUUGGUCAGGUUAUUGAAUGUGACAGGUCCCAACGUUUAAUUAAAUCGAUGGAGCUUAUGACCGAAAUACUAGCCCCCGAGUCCAGAAGACCGUUAACCUCGGUUCCAAAGAUUUCUACUUUGAUAUGCGGGCAA